AUGAAAGGUGACGUUAAUUCAUGUCGUAAAGUACCUCCGGGUGUUAGAUUCAAAAUGAAAGAAAACUUGGACAUCUUUGCUGCAAAGAAGCGUAAAACUCAAGAAAUUCUUGAUGCGUGUAACCCACAUAGUUCUUACUAUCGGGAAAAAGAAGAGCAAAUGUAUAGAGAUUUGGGUGAUGAUGACGAUGUUCAAGAAAUCAUCCCUCCUAAUUCUAAAGGAAAGGGUACAGUUGUUGUGAAAAAUGAAAGAAAGGAAAGGGGAAUUAAACACUUAAAGCAACAAAAUGGAAUUGGUUCUUACUUCAUUCCAAGAACAGGUCCUGGUAACCAACCUACUAUCAAAAGCGUUCUUCAGAGCAAAGAAGCAAUAAAAAAGUGUGAUCUUACUCUAUCGAAGUGGAUGAUUGAUUCAUGUAUUCCUUUCAAUGCUGUAAAUUCUGUGUAUUAUCAACAAAGUAUAGAUGACAUAGCUAGCAUGGGCCCUGGCUAUAAAGGUCCAAACUUUCACAGUCUUCGAGGUUAUUUGUUGGCUAAAAAUGUCAAGGAGGUGCAGAAUUACAUUGAAAGCUAUCAUUCAACAUGGAAGGCUACAAGUUGUACAAUUAUGGCAGACGGUUCGGAAUUUGUGGUCCAUAUAGUGACAGACAACGCUGCAAAUUAUGUUACCGCUGGUAGGUUAUUGGAACAAGAGUUUCAAACAUUAUUUUGGUCUCCAUGUGCAGCUCAUUGCAUUAAUCUAAUGUUUCAUGAUAUUGGUAAGCUUGAUGAAGUUAUUAAUAUCGUAUCUCAGGCAUCAAAAAUCACAAAAUACAUAUACAAUCAUUGUUACUCAUUGCAUUUGAUGAGAAAGUUUACUGGAGGAAAAGAAAUACUUCGACCUGCUCCCACUCAUUUUGCCACCAAUUUUAUUGCUUUACAAAGCAUUUUGAUCCAAAAGGAUCCAUUAAGAGCAAUGGUAACAUCUAGAGAGUGGACAUUAUCAGCAUAUGCAAAAGAAAGUAAAGGAAAAAGAUUCGUUGAUGAUGUACUUGAUCCAGUAUUUUGGAAAGAGUGCGCUACUAUUGUGCAGCUCAUUGAGCCCUUUGUUCGUGUUCUACGCAUUGUUGAUAGUGACGAAAAGCCUUCAAUGGGCUACUUGUAUGAAGCUAUUCAUGUGGCAAAAAGUGAGAUGGAACGCAGAUUUCAAAGAAGGAAAAAUAGAAUUGCUCCUUAUUUACAAAUUAUUCAGAACCGAUGGAAUAGUCAAUUGCGUAAGAAUCUUCAUGCUGCUGGAUAUUGGUUAAAUCCUUCUUUUCAAUAUGAUAAUCUUGAUAUGGAAAAUCAUAAACAAACUAUUUCAGGACUUUUAGAUUUAAUUGAGAGAUAUGCUUACGAUCAACCCGAUUUAAGAAGUAAAUUGACGGGUGAAAUGAAACUAUUUAGGCAAGCACAAGGUGAUUUUAGACGUUUAUCUGCUGUAACUGAUCGCCAUAAAAUGGCUCCUGAUGAAUGGAAUUAUUUCAAGAGUCGAAAUUAUGAUCCUAUCGACUUUGAAAAGUUUGGCAUCUAUGGUAAUUGGGUGUUAGAGGAAGAGCCACCAACUUUGGUAGAAGAUGAGUUGGAGGUAUUUCGUCGUGAAUUGGGUGCAUAUGAAUUACAUUUUGAUGAUCUUGAUCUUGAUGAUUGUGAAAAUUUUGGCAACGGCAAUGAAAAUACAAGUGAUACAAACAAUGGAAACGAUGAUUUUAGCAUGACUGAGACUCCGUCAUUUAUAUAA